GGUGGCGCACAUAAUUAAUCAAGAUGGCGGCCCUAGCAAGGGUAAUCAGUUGGAGAAUAGGUACAAACUACAUGAAAAUGUUUAGAGUGCCAGCGCGGGGUAACAAAAUAAUGCGGUAUGAAGACGGAACCACAAAAAAAUUUAUGGAAUUUCAGGAAGAAUUACAAAUGUAUGACCCCUCCAAGAUGUUUCCUAGGCUGCGAAGAGCCAGUGCCUUGGAUCAAGCUGGCCUUUCUGUAGGGAUAAUUUUAGCUGGAUGCGUACUUGCCCUUUCGUAUGAUUACCAAGAUAAUUUUACCAACAUGAAGAAGGAUCCAGAGUACAUAAUUAUAAAAACUGAAAAAUAUAAUAGACAGAUUGAGGCAUUUGAACCAUUUUAGUGCACCAUUGACAUUGAUGAUUUGUUUUGACACUUCAAGCCAUUUGAGUGGAGAAAAUAAAGAUGCCAGAUUUAAGAAGAACACUAACAUAAAUUUUCCUUCACUCUUUAAGCUACAUCAGUAUAAUAAAAAGUUUUAACUGAAAAAAAGUUUCAACUCAAGAUAUGGAUAAUUCACAUUUUUUUUUGUUUUGCUUUGCACCUGUUAGUGAUUGAAAAUAAUAUGUACCAGUAAAUAAAAUUGCUUAAAACAAA